GAUUGAUUCGGGUUGCACCAGUCACAUGACUCCACGGGCAGAUUUGCUUGAUGAGGUAAAACCCCCUGGGAAGAUCAAGUAUGUGGCAGCAGCAUCAGGUGCUUUGCUCCCUGUCAUUGGUGUUGGGAAUGCCAAGGUUAAGGGAGCUAAUGGGGAGCUUGUGGGGCUUGGGAAUGUUCUGCUGGUUAAAGGCUUGUCUGCUAACCUUCUCUCUGUGCGGCGACUGCAGAAGAGUAAGGCCGAAGUGACCUUUGGACCAACCAGCUGCCGUGCAAAGCUUGGGAAGAAGGUGCUGUGGAGUCUGGAAGAGGAGACCAGCUGCAUCAAGGACCUGUGGCAGCUGCCCAUCAUCCCAUGGAAUGGGAAGACUCCAACAGCAGCAACGACAGCAGCGGCAAAGGCAACAGCAGGAGGAGAUGCAACUGCACCAACUGAUGGGGUCCUGGAAGCAGUCAAGAAAGUGCAGCAGCAGCAGACACAUGGUGAGCCAGAGGGGGAGAUUGUUGUGUGAUGUCAUCAUAUGCUAUCACAUUCUGUC